AUGUCGUUCUUUUUUAAACACAAAGCGUUUUUCUUUAUUCUCAUUCUUUUUCUUCACUUCGUCUUUAAUGUCUUUUUCCUUUAUACAUUCAUUACCUUUUCUUGCUUGGAAACUUUUCUUUAUCUCUUCCUCACCACAUCCUUUUAUUCUUUACUAUUUCUCAAGAGUGUCCUCUUUUUCUUUCUCUCCUUUUUCCUUUCUUUCUUUCUUUCUUUCUUUUUUCUUAUUUUCAUCCUUCCCUUUCUAGCUAUUUUCUUAUUUCUUUUUUCUUUCUUUCUAAUAUUGUUUUUGAAACAUUUCCCAUUCCUUCACGUUUUUCUUUAUCUCCAUUUUUCUUUCUUCCCUUCAUUCUUUGUUCUUUUUCUUUCUUGGCUUCUUUCUUUCGUUCCUUCCUUUUCCAUUCCCUCUAAUUCCUUAUUUCUUUCUUUUUUAUUCUCUCUUUUUCUUUCUUUUCUUCUUUCUUGCUCUUUCAUUAUCUCUUUUUCUUUUAUUUUACUUUCUUUUUCGAAAUUUUUCCAUUCCCUCUCUUUCUUUCAUUCUCUUUCUUUCUUUCUUUCUUUCUUUGUCGUCUUCUUUGCAUCCUUUCCUUGUUUUUUUUUUCUUUCUUUCGUUCUUUCUUUUCCAAUUGCCUCUCGCUCUUUCUUUCUUUCUUUUUUUCUCCGUUCCACUCCUUUUAUCUCAUUCAUUCUCUCUGUUUUUUCUUUCUUUCUUUCUUUCUGUCUUUCUUUCCGAAUUUCUCUCUCAUUUUUCUUUUUCUCUUUUUUUUCUUUCUCGUAUUCUUUUGUUCACUUUCGCUUUCACUCUUUCUUUCUUUUUCUCCCACUCUCUUUCUUCUCCAGUCUCUUUUUUUUGUCUAUCUUUUCCUUUCUUUCUUUCUUUCGUUUUCUCUUUUUAUCUCUUUCACCAUUUCUUUCUUCCUUCUCUUAUAUUGAAUUUGAUUAUUGUAUUUACUCACGUUGA